AUGCGCUCGUGGGCCAUCGUCAUUGGACUUCUCGGUGUUCUGUUGGCACUCGCUGAAUGCGUCCCGGCACGGGGGAUCGUCCUUGGAUUCGGGAAACGAGCCGUGGCCGAGGAUGACGCCCUUGUUUAUGGGCCCGAAUGGAAGCGAGGGCCUCCCCGGUUCUCAAUGGGUUUCGGAAAGCGAGCUGCAGCCCCACGACUCUCCCUCGGUUUCGGCAAGAGGAGCGCCCUGUACGAUGAUGAGUCGAGUGAAUCGGAAGGCGGCGCGCAGACUUGGGUAAUCAGGAACUACGAAUCGUCCAACAAGCGCUCACCACGAGACCUGAAGGGACUUCACCGAUUCACUCUUGGUCUUGGC